UACUUCCUCUGUUGCUACACAGAGCAGAGACACCCGAUGAGAGAAAACAUCUCAGCGAUAGAUAGAUAGAUAAACUGACUAUCCAAAAGUGACUAUACAUUGGAAACAUUUCUGUUUCUGUAGUCAUAAGCCUACAAGGCAUCCUUCUCUAAAACAUUUGCUGCUUUUCUGUGUAGGAGGCUAUCAUCAAAGACUAUAGAAAUACUAUCAUGCUCGGAGAAGCCUUCCUUCAUGUUCUGAACUGCGCAGAAGACAUCACAAAUCAUGAUGGACGUGCUCAUACACACUCAUCCGCCCCCAUGACCCGUCCUGACCCCUGUGCAGCGAACGCCGCUGCCAGAUCUCCUCUGACACCACGAACUGUGAGAGCUGGCAGGCCUGAAUGCCUGGAAAAGCAAGGGAAGUACCGAGCCUCUGCACCCAGCAACGGUAUGCCCAUUCUCAGCUGUAGCGGGGAGGAUCACUUGGGCAUGAUGCUGUUUGGCUCCUGGUGCUGUCCCAGCUUCUGCAAAAACUAUCCAGACCUCCGGCUUGCUGGUGGCCGGCUGGAGCACUGCAGCCCUCAUAACCCAGACCUGCUCAACCCACCAGACGCCGGGCCACUGCUACAAUCACAGGACCUAAGCUCUCUGGAACCCUCUCUGGAAGCAGGUCAACAGGCAGAGGCUGUAACCCAGCCGGACGAGGAGUAUCUUGUCAUGGAAAGUGUUCAGAGUCCUGGCUGGGAGAGAAGGCUUACCAACUCCAUGUUGAAUGGCUAUCUAGAAGUCCAAAUGCUGGAGGUGUUUUGUCAGCACAUGCAUAACAUGGCGUGCUGUGGAUCAUCAUUGCUGAGCACUGACGUCAUGCCGGCACUGGUGUCUACUAGCCUGACUGUAGCCAAAGAACAGACACCCAGUCAGGAAGAAGAGCUGGAUUCUUCAUCCAAUAAUGUUGUGCAGUAUUUAAGCGCUUGUUCAGCACCAGCCACAUCACACUUCAGCUCACCUGUGCUGCGAAUCUCAGAAGCUGAGUAAGCCACCACAUGAAAUACACAGAGAUCCUGCCCUUGUAACAUUUCUGAUGUUGGGCUCCUGAUUUUUGCCCAACACACAAAUACUUGAAGUUAUCUGUGUUGUUAAAGGAAUGUUCUGUAUGCAAUACUGACAGCACUUGUGGCAUGUUGAUAACUAUGAUAACAAUGAAGUACACAGCAGAUAGGUAAGCAGAUAAACAUCAACGUUUCAUUUUCGGGUGAACUAUCCUUUUAACAUACAUCAUGUUUCGAAAGUAUAGGCAUUUGAUUUAUAUAAUUUGUGUUAACAUGAGAAAUAGUGACUUAAUCUGUGUAAAUUUAUACACUAUA